CCUCACUGUUUUUCUCACACAAAACAUUCAAUGUCAGGUGGAGUUGGUCCAACUAGUGACAUUAGCCUUCCCAAAGAACAAGAACAGGAGUUCAAGGAACACCAUGACCCUGUUUCUUCCUCUAAACUCAGCCCCAAAUCUCAAAAGACCAGCCAAGCCCUACACAGCGCCACUAACCGGAAACCGGGUUCGUUCUCCUUCCGGCAGCUCAAUGCCCUCGCCGUCAUCAUUGUCCUCUCCGCCAGUGGCAUGGUAAGCCCUCAAGACCUAGCCUUUGUUCUCUUCUCCGUUGCCUACAUGUACUUCAUCUCAAAAGUUGCUUUCCCCAUCCAAUCUUCCAUCAAAGACCCUACAGUCUUCAGCCCCCAGAACAAGAUCCUACGCCUCUAUGUCCUCGUAGGCGCCAUCAUAGGCCUGCUGCUCCCUAUAGCUUACAUCUUUGAGGGAAUUUUCGAGGGUGACAAGCAAGGAAUCAGCGCAGCCUCGCCGCAUGUUUUCCUUCUUGCAAGCCAAGUUUUCAUGGAAGGGUUGGCUUUCAGUGACCAGUUUUCGACACCAAUACGUGUUUUCGUGCCGGUUUUCUACAACUCGAGGAGGAUUUUCACUAUUGUGGAGUGGCUCUCAAGUGAGUUCUCAAAAAACUACGAAGAUUAUGGUGGAUCGGCUAAGAGAUUAUACCUCGGCAGAGCUCUUGCUAUUGCUAACAUGGCUUUUUGGAGCUUCAAUCUUUUUGGUUUCUUAUUGCCGGUAUAUCUUCCUAGAGCUUUCAAGAAAUAUUACUCCACACAUAAAGUGAAAGAAUUUUGAAAUGUGUGUCGCCAUAUGUAUCUGUUCUUGUUUGUCAA